GGAGGAAUUGCCUAUAUGCUCAUUGAUAUUAAGGCCACCUUGAUGAUGUUGAGCGCAGCGAACAGAAAAUCUCUCCUCGUGGAAAUCAAAGAACUAAUAGAAUCGAAAGAUUUCAAGGUACUUGAAUUUAUCAAGAAAAAUAGCGAGAUAUUCAAGGUCCCAAAGUUCCUGUUUGAAGACAUCGAGCUCACCGCACAAUUAUCAAAACUUGUCAGCGAAGCACUUUCUUGCAUCCGCGGCAAUAUAAAGACUAAGCUGAUGUCGUCGAUCCUAAAACGCUCGAGUAUCAUAGACACUGCAAGAUCACUCGCCCAUGGUUGCCUAGAAGUUGAUGCGUCACAUUGGAAUAGAUAUGCGUUUUUGGAUAUCUAUUCCCCAUCGCUCCUUCCGUCCCUCCACCGAGACCUUCGUGUCAAGGUUGGUGAUGCACUUGGCAUUGAUAACGGUGCAGACAGUAUCGGAAGCAUUGAAGGCAGCAUAAAUAGAGCAGAGGCUGGAGAUGAUGGACCCGAUGUCGAUGUUAACCAUGAUGGAGACGAGGAGGAGGACGGCCUGGAAGGAAACGUGUCUGGCACGGCGGAAACGUACGAACUCGACCCCAAUGAUUCGGGAUUUGGCGGCCAUGGAAAGCGCACUAUCUUCACGUCAACCAAAUUUUGGAGGUUUGUGGAUGCCUCGCUCGAGGGCAUUCGCAAAAUGGGAAAGGCAGAGGCAGAGGAACUCAAUGACGGAACACCAGUUGAGAAUAUCAUCAGAAAGUAA